AUUAAUAACAUCGGACGUGUCGAUAAUUAUGAAAGUAUAUUGUACAAUGUUUUGGCAAAGUAAAGUGGUUAUAUGUUCUGCGUUCCAAAUUGGCAAUACAAUAAUUUACACGUAACGACGCCGAAAGUUUGCGGACUUGCAAGUUUCCAGACACAUUGAUUUGGGGCAUCGUUUGAAUGCAUAGGACGCAGCAGAGUUUCAGCAUUAGGGCAAAACAGCAGCAGCAACAGCCACAACAACAAAGUCAUAUCACCAACAGCAAAAAUAACAUCAACAACAGCAGCAAUGUCCGCGGCGGGAAAUGUUGCUGAGCAAUCAGAAAAUGUGACGCUUUGGCUUAACGAGAAGCUGUCUUUAGCUGAGAAUGGCAGAAAUAACAACAAUAGCAAUGGGAAUAAAAACAACGUGAGCAAUAGCAACAAAUACAUUGCGCCAUCGUCAACGGCCUCUCCAAAGAUGUGCCCCAGCAGCAGCAACAGCAACAACAGAAGCAACAGCAUCACUAAUGUAAACAACAAUCACAAGGAAUUUAAUGAGUUGUGCAAAAAAGUGGAAAGUGGCCAUAAAAUUAUGAUCAUUAUGCGUGGCGCCUCUGGAAGUGGCAAAUCAACACUGGCUAAAUCAUUGCUGCAACAAACAGGACUUCUGCAGCAGCAGUAUGGAAUACAAGAUUUUAUUUGCAGCAGUGAUGAUUACUUCAACACACAACGGGGUUAUCAAUUUAAUCCGAAUUUCUUGCCCGACGCCCACGAAUGGAACCAGCAGCGAGUGGCCCAAAAGGCAGCGGCUGGCUGGAGUCCCAUUAUUGUGGACAACACAAAUAUGAUGAUCUGGGAGAUGCAACCAUAUGUCCAAAAGGCUGUGCAACAUAACUAUAUUGUGGAUCUCCUUGAACCACAAACAGGUUGGUGCAAGUCAGCCUCGAAGUUGGCUCAAAAAAAUACGCAUCAGGUGCCUAAGGAGAGUAUUCAAAGGAUGCUGGAACGCUACGAGAAGGCCAAUGUUAACUUACUACUCGGGCUUUUGAAGGAAACCAAAUACACAAAGCCAUUGCCGCAGAUGCGUUUGCAGCCUCCAUUGUCAGCGUUGCCAUCAUUCAAACCACAAUCGCUGCAGGCCAAAAACUCUGAUGCCAAUAACGAUGCCAAAGGAAAUGCAACAACUGCGCCAAAGUUGAAUGUUAAUGCACAAAACUGGGUGCCAUAUGAGCAAAAUGCGCCCAGCUAUUGGGCACAGUUGGAUGAGCAGAAAAUACAAGCACCAAUUGGGGGCAAUGCAUCUUCAGGCUAUGCCAGCAGCUUAGCGGAUUUAUUGCGGGAUGAACAAACCGCUGCUGUGGCAGCCACAUCUUCUAGCGAUGCGAUUAACGAGCCACUGCAACGGCACAGCAUCAACUGCCCCAACGAGGCGUAUGGAUUUGGGCAACUGCGCCAAAUGUAUCCGAAUAAACAGGUUGCCGGCCUGUGGGAUUUGUAUGUGAAGUGUAAUGGCGAUUUGGAUUGGACGGUUGACAUAUUGCUGAAGGAGGAUGAGCUCAAUGGCGGCUCACCUGAUUAUGAUAACGAGGAGCUGAACAACGAUGAGUUCCAAUGCGCUUGCAAUGGGAGCAACAAUUUGCCAAUGCAAACGGCAUCAGUGCCAAAUGUUUUGACCUCAACCCAAUCAAGCAAAAGCAUUCCCAAGCCGCAGCGACAACCGCGAGCCAAACGCAAUGCUGGGAACAAUGCUGGCAACAGCAAGGAAUUGCAAUUGCACGUGGAGAAUUGCUUUGUCCUGGGUGACGAACAAUACUCGGAACAUACUCGCAAGAUACGCGAUAUACGCAAUGGGAUUUUAGAUCAACCGAUUCCACCUCCACCGCCAGUUGAACAGAUAUCGGCAGCUGGCGAUGACGAUGACGACGACGCGGAGGAUAAUGCGUUGUUGGAACUGACACUGAGUGAAACGAUAAUCAAAGAGCUCAACACUCACUUCCAGAUGGAGGGACAAAUGCUGCCCAUUGAGCUUGAACUGUUGCCCACCACAGUGUUUAUGCCACGUCAUGUGGCCAAGCAGAUAUACAUGGUCUAUGUGGAGGCUGCGCUCAAUCAGCAGGAGGAGCAGCGUCAUCAAACGAUGCGGGAUGAUGAGCAGUUUGCACGUCUUCUUAAGAAUCCAAAAUAUGCGGAAUGUACUGAAUCGCCAGUUAAUUUGAAUGAGCUGCUGGACAUGGAGCUGGCAUUGCAAAUUUACAACAGCGAACAGCAGGCAGCAUCGGAGGCAACGCACCAAAAACCCAACGAUAUUGCCACCCAUCUUACCAAAAUGAUGCUUUGCGACAAGUUUCCCGAGAUACCCAAAGAGACUGUGUUGGAGAUAUUUGCGGCCAAAGAAAAUAAUUACGUAAAAACGCUGGAAGUGCUAGAUAGCGAUUUGAAAAGCAAUCGCACUGGUGCCGAACUCUACGAGCAGGCCAUACGGGAGAAUGAAAAGCUUAUUGCCCAGGAGCAGCAGCAGCACAAACCACCGAUCAAUCCUCGUUCGAGUCCACGUGCUGGAGUGAGUAAAUCACAAUCGCCGCAGCUGCUGCACGAGGAGGCCAAGAGUGCGGCACUGCGCGACUUUGAGGAGACACGCAAUCUAGCUGCCCAUCAUUCCCAGCUGCGAGCCGAGUGUUAUCUGAAAGCCAAACAGGCCAUACAACAGGGCAAUGGCAGCGUUGCACUCUACUACUCGGAGAUUGCUCAGCUGCACAAAAAAAAGAACGAUGUAUUCAAUAAUAGAGCAGCCAAUUGCAUUAUGGAGGUGCACAAGCAUACGCAAAACAAUCCCGAUCUCUUGGAUCUACACUAUCUGCAUACCAUGGAGGCGGUUAGCUGUUUGGAUCUCUUUCUGGAUCGUCACAUUACCGUGUUGCGCAACAUUCAGCGGGUCUAUAAACAUUUGUUUAUCAUUACAGGCCGUGGAUUGCACAGCGCAAAUGGUGUAUCCACAAUUAAGAAGAGAGUGAAGGCCAGACUUGCUGAACGAAGAUUGCGUUGGUUGGAGGUUAAUCCUGGAUUGCUGCGUGUCAAAGUCUUUUCGGCGUCGCGACACUCGAAUAACUUUUGAUCGUUAGUUAAUUGCCAUUAGUGGCAAAAUACAGGGACGGAACCAUAACGAAAUCAUUUCAGGUUCCAGCUACUUGUAAAAAUUAUGCGUGGAAAGAAACAAAACACAAAACGCAUCAGCAUUAAAUGAAAUAUGCGUGUCUUCUAUUUUA